AAUGACAAUCGCAUAAAUCAGCUGUGCAAAAAGUUAGCUGCAACCCGAAUUUGUUUAUUUCAUUUUUAAUUUAAAAGUGCACAAUGUCCACGUACUAUUUUGUUAUAGUUGGGCACAACGACAAUCCCAUAUUCGAGAAAGAGUUCAGCACCGUUAACAAAGAACAGCGCAAGGAGGAUCACAGGCAUCUCAACCAGUUUAUAGCGCAUGCCGCACUGGAUCUGGUGGAUGAGCACAAAUGGAAGACGGCGAACAUGCAGCUCAAGUCCAUAGAUCGCUUCAAUCAGUGGUUCGUGUCCGCCUUCAUCACCGCCUCCCAGAUACGCUUCAUCAUUGUGCACGACAACAAAAACGACGAGGGAAUCAAGAAUUUCUUCAACGAAAUGUACGAUACGUAUAUUAAGCAUUCCAUGAACGCCUUCUACAGAAUCAACACGCCCAUCAAGUCGCCCAUGUUUGAGAAGAAAUCGGAGAUAUUCGGGCGCAAGUAUUUGUUAUCGUAAUUGUUAAGAAUUAGCAUA